ACCAGCAGAAGAAAGUAGUUGCUGAUUGGCGUAUCGCGUUAUCGCGACGUAUAAUUUUUUCUAUCUAUUAAUAUCGUGAAUAAUAAUUAUGAAAGAGGGUCAUCUGGGUCGAGCUGAUAGCUGGUGAAUGUCAACGGGGAAGACGGUUUCGAUUUCAGUAGGCCCAGUGUACUCCUGAGGGCCGCAUCUCAUAUUUCUUAUUUUUUUAUUAAUUUUAUAUGCUGCAAGAAUAUAUCGUCUACAUCAAGAGCAUGCUGCGUUUGGCUAAGAACAGCCUCAAGCUUGAGGCUAACUCAAGAUCCUACAAUACUAAGAAGGUUAUAGCCAUCAGGAGGGAAGAUCAGAGCGUGUGGGAGAGAAGAGCAGCUUUCGCACCGUCCCACGUGAAGAAGUUGACGAAGAAUGGCGUCAAGGUCAUCGUGCAGCCUAGCAAUAGGCGUUCUUAUCCGAUGCAAUCUUACCUAAACGCCGGAGCGAUUAUCCAAGAGGAUAUUUCCGAAGCGAGCGUUAUCUUCGGGGUUAAGCAAGUCCCCAUCGAUCAGUUAAUCCCCGAUAAAACCUACUGCAUUUUCUCGCACACCAUCAAAGGCCAAGAGACCAAUAUGGCUCUCCUUGAUGCCAUCCUGGAGAAGCGAAUCCGUUUAUUGGAUUACGAGAAAUUGAUGGACGAUAAAGGAACCAGAGUCGUGGCUUUCGGCAAAAUGGCCGGAAUUGCAGGACAAAUUAAUAUCCUGCACGGUAUGGGCUUGAGGCUGCUAGCUUUGGGCCAUCACACUCCAUUCAUGCAUAUCGGUAUGGCUCACAAUUACCGUAAUUCGAGCAUGGCCAGACAAGCUGUCAGGGAUGCUGGAUAUGAGAUCUCUUUAGGUUUGAUGCCCAAAUCCAUCGGGCCUUUGACUUUCGUUUUCACCGGCUCUGGUAACGUGUCGCAGGGAUCGCAAGAAGUGUUCCAAGAGCUGCCGCAUGAAUACGUUAGCUUUGAGAACCUGAAGAAAGCCGCCGAGCACGGAAGUUUGAACAAAAUUUACGGUUGCGAAAUUCGCAGGAAACAUUACUUGGAGCGCAAAGAAGGUGGAGGUUUCGAUGAACUCGAAUACGAGGAGCAUCCGGAACGUUACAUUUCCACUUUCAGCAAAAAGAUCGCACCGUACGCGUCGGUUAUUGUUAACGGCAUCUAUUGGGCUGUAAACAGUCCGAAACUGCUGACAAUUCCAGAUGCUAAAGAUCUCUUAAGACCAGCGAGAACGCCUUGGCUUCCGACUUCCGUUGGAGCACCAGCCUUGCCUCAUCGUAUGUUGGCUAUUUGCGACAUCUCCGCGGAUCCAGGCGGUUCCAUCGAAUUCAUGAACGAAUGCACUACUAUUGAUACACCUUUCUGCCUCUACGACGCCGAUAGAAACAAGGACACCAAGAGUUUCAGUGGACCCGGCGUUUUAGUCUGCAGCAUCGAUAACAUGCCCACACAAAUACCAAGAGAAAGUACCGACUUCUUCGGCGAUCUUCUCUUCCCCUUCGCUCAAGACAUUCUCAAGUCUAAAGCAGAAGAACCCAUGGAGAACCACAACUUCUGUGCAACCGUAGAAGGCGCUAUUAUUGCUAGCAACGGAAAACUGACAACGAACUUUGAAUACAUUCAGGAUCUUCGCAAAAUCAAUAUGACUAGGCAUAAAGAAGGUUCUUUUGAAGAUCCAUCCAAGAAGAGAGUUGUUAUUUUCGGAGCUGGCAGGGUUUCCGCUCCUCUGAUUGAGUAUCUCUACAGAGAUCCCAACAUUGCCAUCACCGUAGCAUCAGAAAUGAAAGAUCAAUGCGAUGAAUUGGCAAAGAAGUACCCAGGCGUC